CAUAGACUGUACAAAGGAAGGGCUGCACACCACACGCUAGCUUGAAGCGGUGUGACUUUUGGUUUCACUCGUCGUCCGUCACGGUUAAUUUUGUUAAUAAUACAAAACGACACAUUUGACACAUGACAUUUUAAACUCCUGUGCUAAAACCAUAACGGCUGGAUGAGUGGGCCAACUUUCACCUCCCCCUCUGCAGAUGUGGCUGAGAUGAACCGCAUCCAUUAUGAGCUGGAGUACACAGAGGGCAUCAGCCAGCGCAUGCGAAUCCCUGAGACCCUCAAGGUGGCCUCAGAGAAGCAAACAGGGUCUCUGCCACUUCACCAACCCCUCCCCAUUCACACAACUCUGAUGCAGGUACCAGAGAGGAUCGUUGUAGCAGGUGAUGAUGGGGACCCUCUCUUUUCUUGCCCCCGAGACUUGGACCUGAUUCAGUUCGUCCCUCCUGAAGACCUCCUGAACAUGAAGGCCCCACCGCGUGUCCUCACCCUUACAGAACAGCCACUUGACUCUCUUGAAACUGAACAAACAACCACUUCACAGAGCAAUCCCAGCCAGUUGGCCCACUUUCCUUCUCGGUCUCGACGGGAACGCAGUGCGAGUGAGAACAUAUCUUGCCGCCACAGCAGUCAGAUCGGUAGAGGUGAUACAAGUGUAACCCCUUCCCCUUCUGCCCCACCAGUCCGCUUGUGUCCCCCCCUCUGUUCCCCUGAGGAUGCAAACAUCAACCUCUUCACAGCUGCAGGAUUCCUGUAUUAUAUCCAGUCAACAACACGCCGGGCAUACCAGCAGGUCCUUGAAGUGCUGGAUGACAGCCAUCGCAGGACACACCUGGACCUGGCCCUGGAUAUAAACCCUGAUGAGUCUGGCUUAGUGGACGCCUCCUCACUACGACGACAGAUUGUGAAGUUGAACCGGCGUCUGCAGCUGCUGGAAGAAGAAAACAAAGAACGCUCCAAGCGAGAGGUGAUUCUGUAUUCUGCCACUGUGGCAUUCUGGCUUAUUAACACCUGGAUCUGGUUCCGUCGCUAAGAUGGGACAAGACAAGUCUCCCAAAACACUGGAAGCCAAAGCAAUUCCUUGUUAAAGGUGCAACCAUUGAAAUACAGUAUAUGCCUUUACAAAGUCUUUACUACAUCUAAAGGCAACCACAGGAAACUACAACAACACUGGAAUGUCCUCCACCACAAUGUUUCUGUAGUACAUUUUAUAUUGGGAUUUCACUUCCCAAUUUGAAGAUUAGUGAUAAGAUAAGACCUGAGGCAGUAAAACAUAACCAAUGUUUACAAAACCUAUGCUAUACCAAUAUUUGGUAUAGCUACCCAGUGUGACUAAAUUACACAUUGGCUAGUUUUCACACCUGACGACAAACUAUCUGGUGGGAUACAACACCAGAGGCAAACCUAAGUUAGCAUAUCUCACAUUCAAAGAUUAAUUUAUGAUUUUUAUCCCUGUAUAAACUAGGAAACUUCUAGCAAGACAAAGCACAAUGACUCUACAGCUGGAUGUUUGCAAAAUGUUAGCAACUGCUUUUGAUGUGUUGAGCUGAGGUUUGCUAUGUUGCAGCUACAACAAACACUAGUUACCGUAUAGGUAACAUCGGUUGCUCUCCAACAAAUGUAAUGUCAACUCUGAAUCAGUGUGAAGUUUGAGUCUGACGCUUCAUUCGAGUUUAGGAGAAACUAAAUGUGGUAGAGAUAAAAUAGGAUAUGGGGACUAGCAAAGUAGCAAAGGAGUGCCUGGUAUUAAUCAGCAAGAAUUGCAAAUAUUUACUGAUUAUAUUAUUGUUAUUUUGUGCAAAGAGCUAGGAAAAUACUACUGAUUGCACCUUUAAGCUUGAUAAAUCCUUUGCACUGCAACAACAGAUGUUACUGUGAUGCUUACCAUCACUCAUCUUUGUGAGAGUAAACAACAUUUGUAAAAGAGACUUUUCAGCUUCAGGAGAAGAAUGAUUAGAGGGGAAACAAGGAUUUACUUAAGCGACAAAUGUUUUGGGAACCUAGCCCAGAGCUGGUUAUAGGACCAAGCCUCAGACCUGGCCUGUCUUGUCUGUUUGAUAUUGAGAUUUAUCAGUUUUGUCAAAAACUACCAUUCUUAAAGUGUCAAAGCAAGAUGACUAAAUCUAGAGAUGCCAUAACAUUUACCCUGGAUGUCCUUGGAGUUCUGCAUUACCCAAAACAUUUGUGUACACUACUUGAAUAGCUUAUUGUUCAAUGGUUGUAGUUUGUCUUUAAUAUCAUUGUUUGUUUGUUUGUUUUUUGUUUUACCUCUUUGGCAGUCACAUACCUAGGGAUUAUGUGAGUUUGAAGUGGCAUCAAAAAUACUAAAGGUAUGGUACAUAGGGUAUUAUAUAUGUGAAGUUUUCUUUUGUCAAAUUUAUUUUUAUUUUUUCAGAGAAUUUGACCACUCGUGUUUUUCCACUAAGUUACCUACAAUACUAAAAGCAUGGACUUUGUGGUUCUAUUCAUCAAACAGUGUGAUACAAAUCUUAGAGCUACUGUCUGUAUGGUCAUGUGCAAUAGAUGGAUGAAAUAUUGAUGUCAUUAUUUUUCAAUAAUGAAUGGACUGUACUUGUAUAGCGCCUUUCCACUCUUUACAUUACAUGUCAUUCACACACAUUCAUACACUGAAGGCAGCUGCCAACUGCUCAUCAGUACAAGGAAACUAAUUCAUUCACACACACACACACACACACACACACACACACACACACCAAAGAAAUAUCCUUCACGAGCAAUUUGGGGUACAGUAUCUUGCCCAAGGACACUUCGACAUGUGGGCUGGGGGAAGCCGGGAUCGAACCGCCAGUCUUUCGAUUAGUAGACGAUCCGCUCUACCUCCAAGCCACAGCCGCCCACUUUUUUCUUUUUCAGAUAAAUAUUUUUAUUGAAAGAGAAAAAAAAAAAAAAAAAGUUAAUUACAUAUAGAAUAUGUUACAGCCACAACAAAAACAAACAUUUGGCUCAACCUUGUGGCCAGUAACAUAUUAAAAGGAUGCCAAACCUAAAGAUUUAAAGCAAAGUAGAUUUAAAAUAUAUUAAAUAAUGCCAUAAAUUAACCAAAACUAUGGGAGUCUGGAGGUCUGGCCAAAAAGAACAAAAGAGUGGAGGAAGUCUUGGCCAGCUACACAAUGGACCGUAAGACCCAAACCCCUGUUAGCACACACAAGGCAGAAAAAACAGCUACAAUACUAAGGAGAACAUGUGCAGAGAUAGGACUGAUAGACGUAUGGAGAAGAUUACACCCGACAACUAAAGAUUAGAAUGAACAAUUCCCUCAUGCAAGGAGCAAAAGAUGUAUUAAGAGGAGAAAUAAGCUCAAAAGGAGCUUGAAUUACAAAUGAAACUCCUGGAGAAUAAGCACAAACUUAACCCUAACACCGCUAUCACCAUACAACUAAAAAAGAAACGCUCAGAACUAGAUAAAUUGUUGACAGAAGAAAUAGAGAGAUCACUUAUAUUCACAAAACAAAAACAUUACGACGGGGGACCAAACUCAAUUAAAGUGCUGGCAUACAACCUUAAGAAGCAAACGUGUAAAUGCUACACUACUAAAUUAAAAGAUGAUAGUAAUAAAAUCAUAAAUGAAUAAGAGGAGAUAGCAGAGACAUUCGCAACAUUUCAUGAGAAUUUAAAGGAUGAAUUAGGAAGAACGGACACAACAAAAAUGGAAAUGUAUUUUGAAAAACUUAAACUAAAACAAGUCACUUCACAUCAAAACGCGUCCAUCAUAAAAGUGAUAUCAAUAGACGAAAUAUUAAGACAAAUAAAGAAACUUAAAAGGGUAAGACUCCGGGGAAUGCAAAUGAAUUUUACCAAGAGUUAAGGGUAUAUUUGACACCGAUCCUACAAGUCUACAACUUUGCAUUAGAUUCGGAAAACUGGAACUCAUCAGUAAUCAGUCAUCCCUAAAGACGGCAAGGAUGUAACUGAGCGUUCAUCAUACAGGCCAAUAUCACUAUUAAACUCAGAUAAAAAAUAUUGUCAUCAAUUAUAGCAGAGAGGGUAAAAGAAAUAAUGCCAAAUAUAAUAAAUGCGGACCAGUGUGGUUUUGUUUUUAACAGAUAGUUAGCUGAUAACAUAAGGCAUACUUUAAAUAUAAUUGAUCACUGUCAAAUAAAUAAAGAUUUGCUUUUGCUAACAGUCGAUGCAGAAAAAGCAUUCGAUAGGGUACUUUGGCCCUGUAUUUUCAACACAGCAAAAAUGAUGAUCCUCCCACAGUUUCUCUUCCUGUUUUAGACUUUGCCACAAAAUAAGUAGCGAUUUGGUAAACUUCCACUUUGAACCGAACAGAUAACAUACUGCGAGGACGGGCUUCAAAAGGAUUAAAAACACAUUCUCAAAUGCUGACCAACAAUACCGUAAACUCAUUUCAGUCAGUCAAAAAACCAAACUACUAAAGAAAUGCACCCCUUAGUUAACUUUCUGAUUUAAAAAAACAAACAAAAAAAACCAACCAAAAACAUAACAAGGCAACUAAAAUCCCUCUGUCAAAAAUAUAUAUAAAACUUGAGAACAACAUGAACACUAAUAAUAGCAUUCAACAAAGAUGGAUUUCUGAAAUAGGAGCUGAAUGAAAAAGGAUGGAAGCAAGUUUGCAGAGAAAUUCAUAAAACAACAAAUAUAACAUAUAGACAUACACAUCUUAGAGGAUCAGGAACCCACCCCCCAUUUUAUUUAUUUAUUUAUUUUAAAACAUUUCUCUCUCCUAGUCUGUAUGUCUGGUUAUCUCUAAUUUACCACAAUUAAUUAUACAUCAAUGAAUAUGUAGUUAUAGUGUGUUUUUAUUUCCUUCUGUAUGUAUCACCGGGUGUAUAGAAUACAAAAAAAGAUAAGUGCAGAUACAUGUAAAUAUAGUUGACUUUUUGUGGCUAUUCUGAAUCAUGAAUUGAUUGCAAUUAAAGUAUAAAAAACACUUUGGUCUUCUGUUAAGCACUGUACCUAUGACUUAAAGCUGGAGUUUUAAUUUAUAUAUUUUACUUUCUUUGUAACAUAUGAAUACAUUCAUUGUUUGUUAAUAUUUUUGCUGUAAUAAAUGAUGGAUGUUA